CUUUGGGACGAGCCUCCUGCCUCUUCCAAGAAAUAGGGCCCUCUUCCCGCCGCGGUCCGUGUCUUUGGAACCCGGAAAGGAAAAGAAACUAGCCCAGAGCCGAACCAUCAGAGGCCAUCGCCUAAGGUUCCGAGGAGGAUCUGAUGGGGCAGUGAAAGUGUCAUAUUUCAAGUGCUGCUUCUCUCUGUUUUGCACAUGGGACGAUUUAAGGCUUAGAAAGAUCAUGGAUGCAUCAUAUGAUGGUACUGAGGUAACUGUUGUGAUGGAGGAAAUUAAGGAAGUCUACUGUUAUACUUCCCCUGGGCCACCCAAGAAGAAGAAAAAGUAUAAAAUACAUGGAGAAAAGGCCAAGAAACCCAGGUCUGCUUACCUUUUAUACUACUAUGACAUCUACUUGAAAGUGCAGCAGGAGCUCCCCCACCUCCCGCAGUCUGAGAUCAAUAAGAAGAUUAGUGAGAGUUGGAGGCUUCUCAGUGUGGCCGAGAGGAGUUACUACUUGGAAAAAGCCAAACUAGAGAAAGAAGGUUUGGAUCCUAAUGCUAAGCUAUCUACAGUGACUGCUGUGGUUCCAGACAUCCCAGGUUUCCGCAAGAUCCUCCCACGCUCAGAAUAUAUCAUCAUCCCCAAGAGCAGCCUGCAGGAGGAUCAGAGCUGCACUCAGCUAGAGCUAUGUGUAACUCAGAGCCAGAUGUCCCCUAAAGGACCUUCUCUUGUGUCCAACACCGCCCCGGAGACAGUGCCCAGCCAUGCGGGCGUAGCAGAGCAGUGCCUGGCUGAGGAGACUCUGGCUGAGGAGGUGGGAGCCCUUGCUCAGCCAGGUGCUGUGCAGGAGAUUGCCACCUCAGAGAUCCUCACCCAGGAUGUACUCCUGGAGGAGGCUUCCUUGGAGGUAGGGGAGAGCCACCAGCCUUAUCAGACAAACCUGGUAAUUGAAGAGACCUUACUGAACGGCUCAUCAGAACUUCCCACUGGAAACCUGGCUGUGCCCCGCACCCAGGUUGGGGAGAAUGUGUCAGUGGUGACAGUCAUGAGGGAUUCCAAUGAGAGUAGCUCCUCUACACCAACCACGCAGUUCAUCAUGUUGCCUGUGCCUACCUACUCAGUUGUGGAAAAUCCCUCUCCUAUCAAACUGACAACUACCUAUACCCGCCGGGGCCAUGGGACUUGCACCAGUCCAGGUUGUUCCUUUACAUAUGUCACCAGGCAUAAACCACCUAAGUGCCCAGCCUGUGGUAACUUCCUAGGAGGAAAGUGGAUCCCAAAGGAAAAGCCAGCGAGAGUCAAAGUGGAAUUGGCUUCUGGUGUCUCCUCCAAAGGUUCUGUGAUUAAAAGAAGUCAACAGCCUGAACAAAAUUCCUCAAAGGAAAAUGCCUGCAAACUGACUCUGGAGAAUUCAGAAGCUGUAAGCCAGCUCUUAAAUGUAGCUCCUCCAGGAGAAGUGGGGGAGGAGAAUGAGUGGGAGGAAGUGAUUGUCUCCGAUGCCCAUAUUUUGGUUAAGGAAGCUCCUGGGAUCUGUGGUACAGCAGUCACUAAGGUGCCAGUCGUCAAGCCUGAAGUCACUCUGGGGUCAACUGAGAAGGAUAGUUCCGGACUAGAAAUACCGCCACCUCCAGCUGAGGGGACCAGCACCUCCACCCAACUCCCUGCUCCUAAAAAGCCUACAGGAGUUGACCUACUCAGCACUGGGCCCAGAACCCCAGAGCUUAAAGGCAGAGCGCGGGGCAAGCCCUCAUUACUGGCUGCAGCAAGACCCAUGAGAGCAAUUCUGCCAGCCCCGGCUAAUGUGGGGCGAGGCAGCAGCAUGGGACUGCCCAGGGCCAGGCAGGCCUUUUCCCUGAGUGACAAGGCUUCCUCCGUGAGGACUUGCGGCCUGAAGCCGAGCACACUGAAGCAGCUGGGCCAGUCUGUGCAACAGCCGCCUAGCACUGGUGAAAUGAAGGUACCAAGUGGCCCAAACAACAGGACAUCUCAGGUGAAGGUUGUAGAGGUCAAGCCUGAUAUGUUUCCUCCGUAUAAGUACAGCUGCACUGUCACCCUGGAUUUGGGCCUGGCUACAUCAAGAGGCAGGGGAAAGUGCAAGAAUCCCUCUUGCAGCUUUGUCUACACCAACCGGCACAAACCUCGGAUUUGUCCCAGCUGUGGUUUUAACCUUGCCAAAGACCGGACUGAGAAAACCACCAAGGCUAUUCAGGAGGUGAGUUCUCCACUCCCAGAUGAGCUAAGUGCCACAGAGCCCCUGAGUGCAGCCCAGAGAGAGAUUCAGCGCCAGUCCACGCUGCAGCUGCUGCGCAAAGUCCUGCAGAUUCCUGAGAACGAGUCUGAACUGGCUGAGGUCUUCGCCUUGAUUCAUGAACUCAACAGCUCUCGACUUAUCCUGUCCAACGUGAGUGAGGAGACGGUCACCAUCGAGCAGACCUCUUGGUCGAGUUAUUAUGAGUCCCCGUCCACGCAGUGCCUUCUCUGCAGCAGCCCAUUAUUCAAAGGGGCCCAGAACUCCCUGGCUGGGCCCCAGGAGUGUUGGCUGCUGACAGCUAACCGGCUGCAAGUGGUGACUGCGCAGGUGAAGAUGUGUCUGAAUCCCCAUUGCCUGGCCCUGCACAGCUUCAUGGACAUUUGCACAGGUCUCUUUAAUGUGGGGAACAAGCUGCUAGUAAGCCUGGACUUGCUUUUUGCAAUUCGAAACCAGAUCAAGCUGGGAGAGGACCCCAGAGUAUCAGUCAGUGUUGUGCUGAAGUCAGUGCAGGAGCAGACAGAGAAGACUCUUACCUCAGAGGAGCUGAGCCAGCUGCAGGAGCUGCUGUGCAAUGGCUACUGGGCUUUCGAGUGCCUCACUGUCCGAGACUACAACGACAUGAUUUGUGGCAUCUGUGGUGUAGCCCCCAAAGUUGAAAUGGCUCAGAGGAGUGAAGAGAAUGUGCUAGCACUGAAAAGUGUGGAGUUCACCUGGCCUGAAUUCCUGGGUCCCAGUGAGGUGAACGUGGAGGACUUUUGGGCCACGAUGGAAACUGAGGUUAUUGAGCAGGUGGCGUUCCCGGCCAGCAUCCCUAUCACCAAAUUUGAUGCCUCUGUCAUUGCCCCCUUCUUCCCUCCGCUCAUGAGAGGAGCUGUGGUUGUCAACACUGAGAAAGACAAAAAUCUGGAUGUGCAGCCAGCACCUGGCAAUGGCAGUGCCUUGGUGAGGCUGCUCCAGGAAGGAACCUGCAAGCUUGAGGAGAUUGGCUCCUACAGUGAGAAGGAGCUGCAGCAUCUGCUGGGGCAGUGUGACAUCCCUUUCACAGCAGAAGACUGCAGGGACCAGCUCUGUUUCUCUCUUUUGGCCCUCUAUGAAUCUGUACAGAAUGGAGCCAGAGAUAGACAGCCCCCACCGCAUCUCACAGGGGGUAAAAUCUUCAAAGUGUGCCCCCAUCAGGUGGUUUGUGGCUCUAAGUAUCUUGUUCGAGGUGAGAGUGCCCGUGACCACGUGGAUCUGCUUGCCUCUUCCCGUCACUGGCCACCUGUCUAUGUGGUGGACAUGGCCACACCUGUGGCCCUGUGUGCUGACCUGUGCUACCCAGAGCUGACCAGCCAAAUGUGGGGGAAGAACCAGGGCUGUUUCUCUAGCCCUACAGAGCCACCUAUGACUGUGUCCUGCCCCGAGCUUUUGGACCAGCAUAAUUCUGUGGACAUGACAGAGGCUGAGCACACUGUCCAGCACCCAAUCACCAAGAGUGCGGCUCGGCGCAUCGUUCAUGCAGGCACACAGCCCAGUCCUGGUGACCCCAGUGCUGGGCACCACUCCUUAUCCCUAUGCCCUGAACUGGCGCCCUAUGCAUCUAUCCUAGCCUCCAUUAUGGACAGCAAGUCAAAUAAUGUCCGCCAGCGUCCCAUUGCCUUUGACAACGCCACCCACUAUUACCUCUACAACCGCCUCAUGGACUUCCUCACCAGCCGUGAAAUCGUCAACAGGCAGAUCCAUGACAUUGUACAGAACUGCCAGCCUGGCGAGGUGGUCAUUCGUGACACCCUUUACCGCCUUGGGGUUGCUCAGAUCAAGACAGAGCCUGAGGAAGAGGGUGAGGAAGAGGAGGUGGCCAUAGUGGCAGAAUAAGCCAAGAACUGCAUCAUCUCAAGCCAUAUACAGCCUGUGCCCAAGGCAAAUCUGUCCAGGGGCCUGCAGAGGCAGUGCAGUGACCCCUGCAGGGUCACGACUGCUGGGACCGACCAAAGAGCUUCCAUUUCCUGAGCAUACCAGGGCCCAGAGUCACGCUGCUCUGCCCUCAGGCUCAGAACUGGUCAGGAAACCCCUUCAGGCCCUGAAAGCGCUUGUGGGAAGUAAUGCUGGAGGGAGGGUGGGGAAGCGAGAGGGAAGGGCUGGUAGCCAGCUCCCUGAGGCCUGAUGCAUGUGGAGCAUCGGGUGGAGAUCUGGGUUGGGCUGAUCCAGCAGUCCGCACUAGGUGAGGUUUCCCAUCUGGGGAAACCUGGUCCAACCCUAGAGCUACACAAGCUCCCUAGCCUGUUGCCUCUGGGGCCUUGGUGGCCUCAUUCAUACUAGGCAUCUCUGUGGGCUCUUGAUUCUUCCCAAAGGAGGGAUGCAUUUUUCUCCAGUUCUUCCUGUACCACUUUUGGGGGAAACUGAGGAGGGAGGAACAGUCAGCCACAGUUUUCUUCCAGGACUGUCCUCUUCCUUGAGCUUUGGGAAAGAUGAUCCCCUUCCUCCUUUUCCUGGCCACUGCUGCUGCACCCUCCAUCCUCUCUGGGCCCUGGGACCCUCACCACAGGGGAUGUGGCCCAAGGCCCUGAGACAUAACUUGGCAGCAGUAGGAAAACUCCCUUCUGUGAAGGGGAAGCAGACUGGGCCACACGGAAACAGCAGGACUGGCUCGUGCCCAUGGUUUGCUUAGGGCCCAGGAACAGGCCAAGUGUUUUAAUUUAUUGAGAGGAGUGGAGUAGGUGGCUUCCCCCCUUCCCCCAACAAGAAUAAAGUUUAUUAAAUUAUCUGGUUUUGAUGAAGUAGGCCAGUUCCCUGCUCAUUGUGUGGGGCACAGUGUGGUUUAACUUCCAGGGUCCUGGACUUGUCACUUCAUGUCAAGGC